CAAAUAUAUAAAUGUGUACAUAUAUAUUAAAUCAUAUCCAUCGCAGUUGGUAAAUUAAGUGCAACCACCACUGCGUAUGGGCAUCUCUCGCUCCCUGACCGAGCUGUGCCUGUGUGUCUGUGUGUGUGUGUCUCUGUUGUCGUUGUUGUAUUUUGUAUAAGUGAAAAAUUCCAACAACGUUGCAGGCCGCACUGCAGCAGCAAAUACAAGAGCAGAAAUGAAGCAAAACACGUUUUGCUGAAAAAAAUAUGCUGCGUCUGACGAUGUUGCAUUUGUGUUUGUUUUGUGUCUUGUGUGUGCGCGUGUAUGUAUUCCAGCUCAACCAAAAUCAACUACAACAAGCCUAUCAUCACAAAACUAAUUUUAAAAUGUGAACAAAAAUGAUCCAAAACUAGCUAAGAAAAUGCCGUGUUUUGAGAUAUACACAGUACAAAAACAUAAGCCGAUCGCCAAUGAAAACAUUAAAAAGUAAAAAUAACGAAAAUCUACGAAUACCAACAAAACCAUUUAGGUUCAUCGAGAAGAUGCACCACUCGCUCCUCUCGAUACGCGGCAAACGACGGGGGAAACUUUUGCCGCUGAUCGUGGUGGUGGCAGCCACGUUUGUGUUAAUCCAAGCAUCCGAGGUACGAUCCACCCAGCAAUUGCUGGCGGCGCCACGGGGACGCAGCUAUGCGACAACCUAUGAACAAUAUGCGGCAUUUCCACGUCGUCGCAGCUCCUCACCGACGGGUGAAAUGCAAUCGCGUGCCGUCGAUACCAGCGCAGAUUUUGAGGUGCUCGAGGGACAACCUCGUGGCACACUCGUUGGUUUCAUUCCAACGAAACCGAAGUUCACCUAUCGCUUCAAUGAGCCACCGCGAGAGUUUACCCUUGAUCAGAUCACGGGUGAAGUGAAGACGAACGCUGUUCUCGAUCGGGAGGGUAUGCGGAGUCAUUAUGAUCUAGUGGUGCUCUCAUCACAGCCCACAUAUCCCAUCGAAGUUCGCAUCAAAGUGCUGGAUAUCAAUGAUAAUGCGCCGGAGUUUCCGGAGGCAAGCAUUGCGGUCACCUUCUCGGAGAGCGCCGUGACCGGAACUCGUCUGCUGCUCGAUGCUGCAACGGAUGCGGAUAUCGGCGAUAAUGGUGUGACCGAUCACUAUGAGAUCGUCGCCGGAAAUUUGGAUAAUAAAUUUCGUCUGGUUACCACCACGAAUCCCAGCGGGGACACCUCUUACCUGCAUCUGGAGACGACGGGCAAUUUGGAUCGCGAAUCACGUGGUAGCUAUCAACUGAAUAUAUCUGCCAGCGAUGGUGGAUCUCCACCCCGACUAGGAUUCCUUCAGGUUAACGUGACAAUACUGGAUGUUAACGACAAUCCACCGAUUUUUGAUCACAGCGAUUACAGCGUGACAUUGAAUGAGACGGUUAUGCCCGGUUCGCCGGUGCUCCAGGUGAUGGCCUCCGACAAUGAUUUGGGUGAUAAUAGCAAGCUCACUUAUUACCUGGCCGAAACAGAGCAUCAGUUCACGGUUGAUCCGGAGACGGGUGUUAUUUCCACCACAGAGCGCCUGAAUUGUCCACAGCAGACGACAAGUCUACUGACAAGGGAACCCCUGAGCAGGGGUCACAUCCAGAAGAGUUGUGUUUUCACUGUCUUUGCUCGAGAUCACGGCUCACCGCGCCAGGAUGGUCGCACCUAUGUCACCGUCAAUCUGUUGGACACCAACGAUCACGAUCCCAUCAUACGUUUCCAGUACUUUCCACCAACGGGCAGCGUGGCCACCGUUGAUGAGAAUGCCAGCAAUGGCACAGUUGUUGCUGCCGUCUCCGUAAUUGAUUCGGAUGAUGGUCUCAAUGGAGAGACAACUACUCGCAUCAUUUCCGGCAAUGAACUGCAUCAUUUUCGAUUGGAGAAGACGCCCCUAUUUCAUAUUGUACGCGUUAAUGGUGUGCUCGAUCGUGAGGAAAUUAGCAAAUACAAUUUAACUGUUGUGGCUAUAGACAAGGGAACUCCAGAACGGAAAGCUAUUGCACAUCUGAUCAUCAAUGUGAACGACGUGAAUGAUCACGAGCCCGUCUUCGAGAAGUCGGAGUACUCGGCGGUGCUCAGCGAACUGGCUCCAACGGGCAGCUUUGUGGCCUCGAUUGCAGCUACCGAUGAGGAUACCGGAGUAAAUGCACAAGUUUACUAUGAAAUCCUCACAGGCAACGAACUCAAAUGGUUCAACAUCGAUCCAGCUACGGGUUUGAUAGUGACUGCCGGUCCACUCGAUCGGGAAGUGCAGGCUAGUGUGGAGUUGAGCAUCUCUGCGAGAGAUGGUGGCCCCAAUCCCAAGUUCGCGUAUACUCAAUUAAAGGUUACCAUACUAGAUGAGAACGAUGAGGCGCCCCAUUUUGGGCAGCCGCAGAUGAACGUGAGCCUUAGCGAGGAUGUGGCUCCACCGGCGUUGAUCGCUUUGCUAUCGGCGACAGACAAUGAUCAGGGCACGAAUGGUUCAGUCACAUUCUCGUUGGCUGCCAGCGUUGAACGGCAGUAUCCGCAACAAUUUGCUAUCGACUCCAUAACGGGCCAAUUAAUGACGCGCCAGCCGCUCGAUCGUGAGACAAUGGCGAAUUAUGAAAUUUUUGUGAUUGCACGCGAUCAGGGCGCACCAGCACCACAAUCGGCCACGGCAACUGUUUACCUUAGCAUCGCCGAUAUCAACGAUAAUAAUCCAGAAUUCUAUCCAAAGCACUAUAUCUACACGUUGAAGGAAAACAAUAUGCUACGCAGUCUAUUGAAUGUCACGGCCACAGAUCGCGAUGAUGGCGAUAACGCCUUAAUUACCUACAACCUAGAAUCGGGUGGCGACAACCACUUUCACAUCGAUUCGCGCAGUGGCUCAGUCAUCUAUAUGCCACCACGUGGCGAUGCCAAUCUCAAGCGACCUCCGCACAAAUCCUACUACAAUCUGCGCAUCUCGGCGAGAGAUGCGGGUGAACGACGCGCUGCGCAGGAUGCUGUUGUGGAGAUUAUAUUGGAAUCGAAGCGAGAGUCUCUCGAUUUUGGCUCACACAAUGGCUAUGAUUUUCAAGUGGUCGAGGAUGGCGAACAGCAACAACAGCAGCAGAAGCAUCUGAAGUUAGCUCGCGAAGUUGGUCGCGUCCAAGUGAAAAGGCAGCCAAUUUUCGCCAAUGCUGCCAUCGAGUAUCUCAUCAUCUAUGGCGACAGAGGCGAGCACUUUGCCAUUGAUCCAUCGAGUGGUCGCAUCUCUACAGCUCGUCUUAUCGAUCGCGAGACGCAGUCGCAUUAUCAACUGAUUGUCAUGGCUCGUAGUACAAAUGCAUCGAGUUCGUUGUCUGGGUUUGCCUAUGGCAAGUGCAAUGUUCACAUCACAAUACUCGAUCUGAAUGACAAUGCCCCCAGCUUUGCACAGGAUCGGGAUGCAGAUGCGGCGAUUUCGCUGCCAGAGAAUACGGCUGUGGGGCAGGAGAUCUACUUGUCGAGGGCAAGGGAUAGGGAUGCCGGCGUUAACAGUCGCAUCAGCUAUAAUUUCACCUAUAACCCAGACCAACAGUUUCGCAUUAAUUCGGCAACGGGUGUCAUCUACCUCCAAAAGCCAAUACGUGCAGAUCCCGGUUCGGUUUUAUACGUGGAGAUUAUGGCCACUGAUGGAGGCAGCCCACCGCUAAGUAGUCGUCUAAGUCUUCCCGUGCAAAUUGCAGAUGUAAAUGAUCACACGCCGGUCUUUGAUCACACCUCCUAUGAGACAUCACUGCUGGAAACCACAAAGGUCAACACUCGCUUCUUUGCCCUGGCCGCCUCGGACAGUGAUUUGGGCGCAAAUGGACGCAUCUCAUAUGAGAUUAUCGAUGGUAAUUCGGAUCGGAAAUUUGGCGUCUUUCCCGAUGGUUAUCUAUUUGUGAGAGCCACCCUGGAUCGGGAAGAACGUGAUUAUUAUGCGUUGACUGUUUCCUGUAGCGAUGCUGGGACACCUUCGCGAUCCUCUGUGGUGCCCGUGGUCAUUCACGUUAUAGACGAGAAUGAUAAUGCUCCCCAGUUUACGAAUAGUACAUUUACAUUUAAUAUACCAGAGAAUGCACCAGCUGAUACAUUUGUGGGCAAGUUGACUGCCGUUGAUCGAGAUAUUGGACGAAAUGCCGAAUUAAGCUUUACGGUCUCUGCGCAGUCGGUGGACUUUAAGAUAGACACACAUAAUGGGUUUAUUCGGACAUUGCGACCCUUCGAUAGGGAGGCUCUGGUGCGUAGGCCACGUGGCACCGAUAAUAGUGCCGGCGUGGUGGAUGAGGAGCGUAAUAUGAGCAGCGGUGGUGGUGGUGGUUCAAACUAUCUGCUGCUGGAGGCUAUUGUCACUGAUAAUGGCAUCCCCCCUUUGCACGACAAGGUCAAGGUCAAGAUAAUUGUUACAGAUGUCAAUGAUAAUGAGCCGGAAUUUUUGCGUGCACCUUACCAAGUGACCAUAUCCGAGGAGGCACUCGAAGGCACACAUAUAAUGCACGUCUUCACCCAGGACGCUGAUGAAGGUCUAAAUGGUGAUGUUUACUAUACAUUGGUCGCGGGGAAUGAAGGAAACUUAUUUAGUUUGGAUAGUGCCACGGGUCUGUUGACCCUCGCACAUCAAUUGGAUCGGGAAUCGCAGGAGAUUCAUCGUCUGACUGUAGUUGCGAAGGAUGCGGCGCUGAAGCAUCCUUUGAGUUCCAGUGCCAACAUUACCAUCAUAGUGUUAGAUGACAAUGAUAAUGCCCCGGAGUUCACGCAGUCGAGCAGUGAGAUAUCCGUUUUAGAGACUAGUCCCAGUGGCACGGAGCUAAUGCGAUUUCGUGCCAGCGAUGCGGAUCAGGGCGUCAAUAGUCAGGUGGUCUUUAGUAUUACAGCUGGCAACCGGCGAGAUACAUUCCACAUUGAUAGCGUAAGUGGUAGUCUAUAUCUACAUAAAUCCCUUGACUAUGAGGACAUCACAAACUAUACGCUAAAUAUAACAGCUUCGGACUGUGGCACUCCGCCGCUGUCUACAACGGUGCUCUACAAUGUCAUCGUUGUGGAUGACAACGAUAAUCCUCCCAUAUUUCUAAGUACUGCAAUUGUGAGACAGAUCAAGGAAGGCAUCGCCCUGAAAACACCAAUUGUCACGGUCAUUGCAGAUGAUCCCGACUCUGGUUUGAAUGGGAAAGUGACGUAUGUGAUCAGUAGACAAGAACCGGAAUUACAAGGUGGUCGUCACUUUGGCAUCAACACACUGACAGGUGUCAUUUAUACGCUUCGCGAGAUUGAUCGUGAAUCCAUAGACAACUUUCGUCUGACUGUGGUGGCUACAGAUCAAGCACAGCCCGCAGAGCGUCAGCUAUCCACGGAGAAGCUUGUCACGGUUAUUGUGGAAGAUGUUAAUGAUAAUGCACCGAUCUUUGUCUCGAUGAACGCCGCCAUUCUCCCAAUAUUGGUGGAUGGUUCGAUUUCACCAGGUAGCAUUGGGCGUCAGGUGAUGCAGGUGCUCGCUCGCGAUGCAGAUUCCUCGAGCAACGGCUUGGUCACUUAUGAAAUUGUCGGUGGACAGCAGGAACUAUUUCAACUGCAACGCAACACGGGCAUCAUCACUCUUGGCCAGGCGAGUUUGGUGCAGAGCAAGUCCCAUGUACGCUACCAAUUGACCUUGAAGGCCACCGAUGAGGCAAGCGGGGAGCGGAAGAGCACCGAAACAUAUAUCACAAUUAUUACACUCGGCUCGAGUGAGCGAGAGGAGGAUAAGCCAGUUUUCGAGCAGCAUAACGCCCUAUUUGGCUCAGUGUACGAGAACGAACCAAUCGGCACGAGUAUUCUAACGGUAAGCGCUCAUCUCGAGGGCGCCGAGAUCGAGUACUUUGUGACAAAUGUCACCACAUCUUCAGCAUCAUCAUCAUCAUCGGCAUCGGGGUUGCAAGUCGAUCGACUCUUCGAUAUCGAUGCAAAAUUGGGCAUUUUAUCGACAGCAGUCGAAUUGGACCGGGAAGCCGGCCCACCCACCUAUGAGAUAGAAGUUCAUUCCAUUGUACUGGGCGGGAAGCCGCGCACUGCCCGCACAAAGGUUCAAGUGACUGUUUUGGAUAAAAAUGAUAGUCCACCGAAGUUUCUCGAUACACCCUUAGUUUUUACAGUAAGCGAAGAUUUGGAAAUCGGUCUCACUAUAGCGACAAUACGUGCUACUGAUCCUGAUCCCGAUAUUAUGAGUAGCAUGAUUUUCACCCUAACCAACGGUCAUGAUGACAAGUUUAUAUUGGAACCAACAACUGGAAAGCUUCAAUUAGAAGACACCUUGGACCGGGAAACAAAGGACAAGUACGAAAUGCGUAUACGCGUGAGUGAUGGUGUCCAGUAUACAGAAACCGAUGUUAUCAUACAGGUGGAGGACACGAAUGAUAAUCCGCCGGUUUUUGAGGAGUCCGUUUACUCUUUCGACAUACCCGAGAAUGCACCACGUGGCUAUCAAGUUGGCGAAAUUGUGGCAAAAGAUGCAGAUUUGGCCCAGAAUGCACAGAUCUCGUAUGCAGUUAUUUCCGAUUGGGCCAACGAUGUGUUUAGCUUAAAUCCUCAAACGGGUGCACUUACUCUGACGGCAAAAUUGGACUACGAGGAAGUGCAGCAUUAUAUACUAAUUGUGCAGGCACAGGACAACGGACAGCCCAGUCUAACAACUACGAUUACAGUUUAUUGUAAUGUCCUCGAUUUGAACGAUAAUACACCAUUAUUCGACCCUAUGAGUUAUUCGAGUGAAAUAUUUGAGAAUGUACCCAUUGGUGUCGAAGUGGUAACUGUCUCAGCCAAGGACAUUGAUUCAGGUAACAACGGCCUCAUUGAGUUCAGCAUAACAGGUGGAGAUGCGGACAAUGACUUUGGUAUCAAUAGCAAUGGAACGAUAUACACUCGCCGCCAGCUCGAUCGGGAGCAUCUUAGUUCCUAUACCCUAACAAUCACUGCCCGAGAUUGUGCCGAUGAAUUUGCCAUUUUCAGUGAGCUGAAGGAAACGCAGUUAAAACUGAAAAAUCGCUCGCCACGCCGCUAUUAUAAGACACAUCAGCAAAAUCAUUUUUUAUCUCAGCAAAAACAAAUUCGUCUAUCAUCCACUGUACAGGUAACGAUACUUAUCAAAGACGUCAAUGACGAAGCGCCCGUGUUCGUUUCCGCAAACGAGACAUCGGUGAUGGAGAAUGUUGCUACAAACACGGUUGUGUUUACGGUGAAGGCCAUUGAUAACGAUGAGGGACGCAAUGGCUACAUCGAUUAUUUUCUUGAUGACGCGCCCGCAUUUGGAGACAAUGACAAUGAAGCGUUUGAAACUCUGCCAUUUACCCUAAAUCCCACCGAUGGCAUCUUACGAGUAGCCGACGCCUUGGAUCGCGAACUACGAUUAAACUAUGUGCUGAAUAUAACAGCUCGAGAUCGAGGAGAUCCGUCACUCUCGACACAAUCACAGCUAAAGAUCAAAAUACUCGAUGAGAAUGACAACAUACCCGUCUUUGAUCCAAAGCAAUAUUCCGCAUCCGUGGCGGAGAAUGCCAGCAUUGGUGCCAUGGUGCUACAAGUCUCGGCAACAGACGAGGACGAGGGCGACAAUGGUCGAGUGCGUUACUCCAUUGUGACGGGUGAUCAAAAUCGAGAUUUUAGCAUCAGUGAAGACACCGGCGUCGUAAGAGUGGCCAAAAAUUUGAACUACGAACGCAAAUCGCGAUAUGUAUUGACAGUACGUGCUGAGGAUUGUGCGCCGCAUGAGAGUUCGAGUGAUACAGCUGAGCUGAUCAUUAGCAUUAUUGACAUCAAUGACAACCGACCAACUUUCCUCGACUCCCCAUACAUAACACGCGUUAUGGAGAAUACCCUACCACCCAACGAUGGCUAUUUGCUGACCGUCAAAGCUUACGAUGCAGAUACUCCACCUUUGAACUCACAAGUUAGAUACUUUCUGAAGGAGGGCAAUGCGGAUCUGUUUCGCAUCAAUGCCUCAACUGGGGAAAUAGUCUUGCUUCGGUCGCUCGAUCGUGAGCUGCAGAGCGAGUAUAUAUUGACACUAGUCGCCAUGGACACGGGAUCCCCGCCCUUAUCCAAUACGGGUGUUGUCAGCGUUGAGGUACAGGACAUCAACGAUAAUGGACCCGUUUUUGAACUUCAAUAUUAUCACGCGCUGAUAGAAGAAAAUCUGCCGAUUGGUUCGCUGGUGCUAAGGCCAAUUGCCACCGACAAAGAUGCCGGAUUGAAUGCAAAGCUCCGUUUUAAUUUGCUCGGAGAACACAUGAUGGAUUUUCACAUUGACACGGAUACGGGUGAAAUUACUACAGCUACUGUACUCGAUCGGGAAACUAUAGCCAUCUAUCACCUAACUCUGAUGGCCCAGGAUAGUUCGAUUACCGAACCGCGGGCAACUUCUGUGAAUUUGACCAUAGCCGUAGAGGACAACAAUGAUAAUGUGCCCAAGUUUGAGGCGAGCAUUUUCAAUAUUGUUGUGCCCAACAAUAUACGGGCCGAGGAGUUUGUGUUUGGGGCACGCGCAACUGACGCGGAUGAGGGCGUGAAUGCAAUGGUCAGGUAUAAUAUCAGUGGUAAGGAUCAACAAUUUUUCGAGGUGCAUCCAUCGACGGGUGUUAUACGCACCAAAAUGGAGCUGAUGCAAAAGAACAAGCCCAACGCGGACAUUAUUUAUAACAUAAAUAUUCAGGCCACUGAUCAAGGCAGUAUGCCUCGCAACUCGACAGCUGAGCUAACCGUGCAAGUGCGUCCAGUGGAACUAUUUCCUGUAUUCUCCUACAUGCCAAUCACUCAAUUCAAUUUGCCGGAGGAUGUGCAACCGGGCAAAAUGAUUGCCAAAUUGGCAGCAACGUCGCCAAAGAAGGGUUCCGUUGCCAAUAUAAGAUAUAAAAUAGCUGGUGGAAAUAUGGGAAAUGCGGCUGUAGUUGAUCCAAAUACCGGAAUAUUCAGUGUCGGGCCAGAUGGUCUGGAUUACGAACAGACUCAUCAAUAUGAGAUUUGGGUUGAGGCUGCCGACUCGGAUAGGCCAAGUCUUCGCACUGUGACACUACUGAACAUCAAUGUUACGGAUGCCAAUGAUAAUCCACCCGUGAUGGAGAAGCUGAUAUACAACGCUGAAAUAUUGGAGGAGGAAACACCACCGCAACUGAUUGUCGCGAUCAAGGCGAAGGAUAAGGAUUCCGGCGACAAUGGGGAGGUCAGUUAUCGACUUAAAAAUGACUACGACGGCACUUUUGAAAUCGCCGAUUCCGGAGAAAUAUAUACGACGAUGCGUCUAGAUCGAGAAGAGAUAAGUGAUUAUGCACUCGUUGUGGAGGCCGUGGAUCAGGGUGUGCCCCAGUUGACGGGUACGGCAAGUGUCUUGCUUCACUUAUUGGACAAAAACGACAAUCCACCCAAGUUUACGCGUCUCUAUUCGCUGAACGUAACCGAAAAUGCUGAAAUCGGUAGUUUUGUGAUAUCGGUUACCUCUUCCGACUUGGAUUUGGGUGAAAAUGCGAAUGCCACGUAUACAUUCAGUGAUAAUCCGGGUAAAAAAUUUAAAAUUGAUCCGAGGAGCGGCAAUAUUACGGUUGCCGGGCAAAUCGAUCGCGAGCAACAGGAUGAAUAUAUUUUAAAGGUUGUCGCCUCGGAUGGGGCUUGGCGGGCAGAGACCCCGAUUACAAUAACCAUUCAAGAUCAGAACGAUAAUGCACCGGAGUUUGAGCACAGUUUCUACAGCUUCAAUUUCCCAGAGCUGCAACAUGCGGUGGCUUUUGUUGGCCAGAUUAUUGCCACAGAUCGCGAUAAACAGGGUCCCAAUUCAGUCAUCUCUUACUCUCUGCAGUCACCAUCCCCUAUAUUUAGUGUAGAUCCCGCCACAGGUGAGAUCUUCAGUAAAACUCAAAUUCAGUACAAGCACUCACAGUACAUCAGCUCGCCGGAGAAUAUGUUUGCACUGACCAUUUUAGCUACAGACAAUGGCAAACCGCCACUAUAUACGGAAUGUCUGGUCAACAUAAACAUAGUCGAUGCCAACAAUAAUCCACCGAAAUUCGAGCAGAUGGAGUAUCUAUCCCCAUUACCGGAACAUGCUCAGGGUGGUCAGCGGGUUGUGAGAGUACACGCCAACGAUGACUUGGAUGUGGGUGUUAAUGCAGAGAUCGAUUACAUCCUGAUGGAAUCGAAUCGGAGUGCGUAUUUUACGAUCAACAAACAUGAUGGUUGGAUAUCCCUGAUAAGACCCAUUGAUGUGCCAGCCAAUUCACGCUUUGAAUUCAAUGUUAAGGCCACGGAUCGAGGGGUUCCCUCACAGUCCGAUCAGACACGGGUCAUUGUUAUUGUUACGGAUGAGAAUCGCUAUCCGCCGGAAUUCAGCGCUCUGAGCUAUCAAGUAAUUGUACCUGAAAACGAGCCAAUUGGUUCAACGAUCCUCACGGUUUCGGCAACGGAUAAGGAUAAUGGACCCAAUGGGAUGCUGCACUACGCCAUUUCCGGUGGAAACGAGAGGCGGGAUUUCAAUGUGAAUGAGCGAACAGGUGCGAUAACCAUAAUGCAACCAUUGGACUACGAUCUGAUGCAGGAAUACCACUUGAACAUAACCGUCGAAGAUCUGGGCUACAAACCACUAUCUGCGGUGGCUAUGCUCUCGAUUAUACUCACCGAUGUCAAUGAUAAUCCACCGAUUUUCAAUCAAUCCGAAUACCAUGGCUAUAUAGCGGAAAAUAAGCCAGUCGGAACAAAUGUGUUUCAGGCGCAUGCCACCGAUAAGGAUUCACCAAAAAAUGCCAUCAUCCAUUAUUCAUUUCUGGCCAGUGGCACAGAUCAUCAUUUCUUCAGUAUUAAUGUGAGCAAUGGCACAAUUUUAUCUGCAGCCAGUUUUGACUACGAGGAACGCCGUACAUAUAUGCUGCAAAUCAAAGCAAAGAAUCCCGACUCGAUUAUGGAGAGUUAUGCGAUUCUCUACGUUCAUAUCUUGGGCGUUAAUGAGUUUUAUCCACAGUUCGUUCAGCCCGUUUUCCACUUUGACGUCUCCGAAACGUCGGCUGUGGGCACCGCUGUGGGUUCGGUGCAGGCCACGGAUAAGGACAUAGGCGAAGAUGGGCGUAUCUAUUAUUUACUUGUGGGUUCCAGUAAUGAUAGGGGCUUUGGCAUCAACACGAACACAGGCUCAUUACAUGUGACCCGUAAUUUGGACCGCGAGACCCAGAAUCGGGUUGUGCUCAUGGUGAUGGCUAAGAACUAUGGCAGCAUACGGGGUAAUGAUACAGAUGAGGCACAGGUCAUCAUCUCAAUACAGGACGGCAACGAUCCUCCGGAGUUCGUGAAACGAUAUUACACAGCAACAAUUAUUGAGUCGGCGACAGUGGGCACUGUGGUCACCACAGUGAAAGCCGUCGACAAGGAUGUCCGACUACAGAACAAUCAGUUCAGUUACUCCAUCAUCAAUGGUAACAUCAAACAGAACUUUAAGAUUGAUGCCGAGUCGGGGGAGAUAAGCACCGCGUCCCUUUUGGAUCGUGAGGAUAUAGCACACUAUAAUUUGGUAAUAGGUGCCAUUGAUACGGGUCUGCCACCGCAGACGGGAACGGCGACGGUGCGCAUCGAUCUCGACGAUAUUAAUGACAACGGACCCACAUUUACUGCGGAGGGUCUGCUCGGUUAUAUAUCGGAGAAUGAGCCAGCAGGCACAACGAUAAUGACGCUAGCUGCCAGCGAUCCGGAUCUGCCCGAAAAUGGUGGUCCUUUCAGCUACAGAAUUGUCGGGGGCAAACAUAAAUCCCUGUUGAGCAUCGAUAAAUAUACGGGUUUGGUGAGCUCAAUGGCAAGUUACGAUCGCGAAAUGACUCCCCUGCUGGAGGCCAUCAUUGAGGUGGAGGACAGUGGCAAUCCCAAACAGCAGGCCCGGCAUAGGCUGGUCAUAAAAGUACUCGACCAAAAUGAUAAUCCAUCCACGGUGCGAAUUGUUAAUGUGGCUGUGAGUAUAUUCAACGGAGAGAUGCCCACAAAUACAAAACUGGCCGAUGUUCAUCCCAACGAUGUGGAUAUUGUCGGCGACUAUCGAUGUCGUCUGCAGGGUAGUGGACAGCUGACCAUAAGGAGUGGUUGUGAUCUUUACACAACAUCCUUAACUACGCCCAUGUCGUAUGCGUAUAGUGUGACCGGAAAUGAUGGUAAACACGGCGAUGUUAGCUCCAAGGUCACCGUGGAUUUUCAAGCGUACAACAAUGCCACCUUGGCCAACACGCUGCCCCUCCUCAUCCGAAACAUGUCGGCGGAGGUAUUUCUGGAGCAUCACUAUCGUCCCACCUUGGAGUUGCUCAAAUCUCGAUUUGCUGCGAACGAUGAUGUUCUGAUUUACAGUCUCAUCGACAUUAACAGCAAUAAUGCCAGCAAUAGGGAUGUAGAAGCACUCCUGGUCGUGCGCAACUCCAACCUGACCUAUCAGCAGCCCCAUCACAUUAUCGAGCGUUUGCGGGAGAAGCGUUCGUCUCUGUCCGAGCUGCUGCGCACCGAAAUCAUCAUAGGCUAUGAACCUUGUGGCAAACCCGAGGUGUGUGCCAAUGGUGGCAUGUGCAGUGCCUCGAUUCGACUGCUGGAUACGCAUCACUAUAGAAUUGUAGAUACUCCCUCGCUCAUACUGAGUGGACCACGCAUUAUUCACGACUACACAUGCCAGUGUGCUAAGGGCUAUGCGGGCGAGCAGUGCGCCCGUCGUCAGGAUCCAUGUCUGCCGAGUCCGUGCCAAGGACAGGCCCAAUGUCGACGCAUGGGCAACGAUUACCAAUGCGAGUGUCCGGCGCACCGGGAGGGCAAACAGUGUCAGCGGGAGCGCAGCGAUGCCUGCUGGGGUAAACCAUGUCGCAAUGGCGGCAGUUGCCAGCGCAGUCCGGAUGGCGCCUCUUACUUCUGCCUGUGCCGACCCGGCUAUCGGGGUAGCCAGUGCGAGAGCAUCGCCGAUUCUUGUCGUCCCAAUCCAUGUCUACACGGCGGCCUCUGCAUCAGCCUCAAACCAAGCUACAAGUGUAGCUGUCCGGCGGGUCGUUAUGGACGUCAUUGCGAGCGCUUUAGUUACGGCUUUGAGCCGCUCUCCUUUAUGAGUUUUCCCUCGCUGGAUCCGACCACAAAUGAUAUAUCCAUUGUGUUUGCCACCACAAAACCAACGGCACUUUUGGUCUAUAAUUAUGGUUUGCAGAACGGCGGACGCUCUGAUUUUUUGGCCAUUGAGUUGGUCAAGGGUCAGGCAUAUUUCUCAUCGGGUGGUUCCCGUACAGCCAUCAGCACUGUGGUGGCUGGCCUUAAUCUGGCCGACGGUAGUUGGCACAAGGUGACCGCCACACGCAAUGGAAGAGUUAUGUCCCUGAGCGUUGCCAAGUGCACGGAAUCGGGCGAUGUGUGCGCCGAGUGCAAUCCCGGCGAUGCCAGUUGCUAUGCGGACGACGUGGUCACCAUUGGCACUCUGAACUUCAACAAGCAACCACUGCUGAUUGGCGGACUACAAUCAGCUGAUCCCGUGCUCGAGCGACCGGGUCAAAUACACAGCGAUGAUCUCGUUGGAUGUGUUCACAGUGUCUCCAUAAAUGGACGCUCCUUGAAUUUGAGUUCGCCCCUGCAACAGCAGGGCAUUCUGCCCGGCUGCAGCAGACAGGCCUGUCAGCCAGCAAUUGCGGCGGAAAGGUGCAGUAGCUUUGCGGGUCAGUGCAUCGAUCGCUGGUCCACAUCCCUCUGCCAAUGUGGUGCUCCACUGCUCUCACCCGACUGCGGAGACUCACUGCAGCCGGUACGGCUUAGCAGCGGCGCGUAUUUGGAAUUCAAAAUAUCUCCACAAUAUCAACGCAUGCAACUGCUGGACAAUCUAUAUAAUGGCAACAGUGCCUGGUCCAGUUUUGGUAGCCGUUCGAAGAGACUUUCAACUUUCAACUCCAGUGAGCCUGCCAAGCUAUUAAGUUUUCUCUUUCGCACCUUCAAGUCACAUGGAUUAAUCCUCUACGCGGCCACAAAUCAAAUGUAUACCUCGUUGUCUCUAUUGGAUGGCAAGCUUGUUUACUAUUCGAAACAACAUUUGACCAUCAAUAUGACGGUGCCGUGGCCAGCUGCUUUGAAUGAUGGCAAGUGGCAUAAUGUAAGUCUUCAUAGCCAGAGUCGUACACUCCAUUUGUUCAUUGAUGGGCAUCAGGUGGGUGAUGAGUUGGAUGUUGCGGGUGUCCAUGAUUUUCUGGACCCCUAUUUGUCUACCUUGAGUGUGGGUGGUGCACCCAUCCAUGUUGUGCAACCCUUCGCCGGUUGCAUUGCCAACUUUACCAUUAACAACGAGUUGCAGCCAUUGAAUGGCUCCGGCAGCAUCUUCCACGAAGUGAAGCAGCAUGGCAAAGUGGAGCUGGGCUGUAGCGAAAAUGAUAUUGGUGUCGAUGCUGCCCAAGUGGCGGAUCCACUCAGUAUUGGCAUCACGCUGGUUAUUGUAUUCUUCGUCAUACUGGUUGUAGCUAUAUUCGGCUCCUACAUUAUCUAUCGCUUUCGCGGAAAGCAGGAAAAGAUUGGCAGUCUCAGCUGUGGUGUGCCAGGAUUCAAGAUUAAGCAUCCACAAGCUGCAGUGUCCCAAAGCCAGGCAGCAGAUCAUGUGCUGGCACGUGGCAUUCAUGCGAAUGAUUCUCCGGUACCACUUGUAGCGAGUAACACGGAUCACAUGCGGCAGCCGGGUCAUCAUCUAACCGGUCCCGAGCUCAUCACCAAAAAGUUCAAGGAGCGUAGUGAAUUACCUUCCGCUGGUGAUCAUCCGCAGCCACAGCAACGGCCACAACGUCCGGAUAUCAUUGAACGUGAAGUCGUUGGGAAGAGUCCACCGAUUCGUGAGGAACAUCAUUUAUCGAUACCACCCCCAAAUCCAUUGCAUCCACUCGACCAUGGCAGCUCCGUGGACUUGGGAUCCGAGUACCCGGAACACUAUGACUUGGAAAAUGCGAGCUCAAUUGCACCAUCCGACAUCGAUAUUGUUUAUCACUACAAGGGUUAUCGCGAGGCGGGUGGUAUGCGCAAGUACAAGGCAACCACACCGCCGGUAGCUGCUUAUACGCACCACAAGCACCAGAGUGCAGCCAGCCAGCAGCAGCAUCGCCAUUCCCCUCGCCACGCGGUCAACGCACCGUUUGUGCCACGCGUGCCCAACCAAAGCAGCCAGCCACCGCCACCACCACCGUCGACGAGUGCAUCGCGUACCCAUCAGACCACACCACUGGCCCGACUCUCGCCCAGCUCGGAGUUGAGUUCACAGCAGCCCAGGAUACUCACCCUCCACGAUAUAUCGGGCAAACCGUUGCAGAGCGCCCUGCUGGCCACCACUUCCAGCUCGGGCGGUGUUGGCAAGGAUGCCCUGCAUAGCAACAGCGAAAGGAGCCUAAAUAGUCCCGUUAUGUCCCAGUUAUCGGGUCAAAGCUCCAGUGCUAGUCGACAGAAAUCGGUGGCACCACCUCAAGCACCGCCACAGACCUCAAUGGGUCUAACGGCGGAAGAGAUUGAACGGCUCAAUGCUCGGCCAAGAACUUGUAGUUUAGUCUCCACCUUAGAUCUGUCCUCGAGCAGCGAGGCUCCUACUCCCCGUGUGCCAGGUGGGGCACUUCAUCUAUCGCUGGGCGGAGAUGUGGAUGCGCACAGCUCAACCUCGACGGAUGAGAGUGGCAACGAUAGUUUCACUUGCUCCGAGAUCGAGUAUGACAACAACAGCUUGAGCGGCGAUGGCAAGUACUCCACCAGCAAGAGUAUGCUCGACAGUCGCAGUCCGGUGGCACGUGCUCUAAGUGGGGAGCCCAGUCGGAGUCAGAAUGUGGCAAAGACGCCGCCGAUACCACCGCAUGCCUACGAUGGAUUUGAGUCAUCUUUUCGUGGCUCACUCAGCACUUUAGUGGCCAGCGAUGAUGAUUUGGCGAAUCAUCUGAGCGGCAUUUAUCGCAAGGCAAAUGGAAGCGCUUCACCAUCGGCAACCACCUUGGGCUGGGAGUAUUUGCUGAACUGGGGUCCCAGCUAUGAGAAUCUGAUGGGUGUAUUUAAAGAUAUUGCCGAGCUACCCGAUACAACGAGUCCGCAGCAGCAGCAGCAGCAACAGCAGCAACAGCAGCAACAGCAGCAACAGUCCCAAUCCCAGUCCCAGCCCGUCUCCACUUUGCGUAUACCCAAUGUACAAAAGGCACCCGAGGAGUAUGUGUGAAAUACUCCUGUAGCUUAUUAGUAUUGUAAGUGUAAAACUUUGUACCCCUUCUAGUGUUAAGCGACGCCAUUUUUCUUCUUUUGUAACGUUAUAGUUUUUACUUUGCAUUGAUAUUUAUAAAUUUGAACAAGAAAAUGAUUGAACACCUUGUAUCAAGGUUAACCAUCCUAAGUGCAUUACCAACAUAGGGCAUCUAACGAUAAAUGUACUGACUGAUAUAUAUAUAUAUAUAUAUACAUAUAUAUUUAUAUAUAUAUAUACCAAUAAAUUAGUGAAGCAAAGUCAAACGCAGGCUUAGUUUAGCACUUCUUGAGGUAUACUCUUAGUUUUAAAUAAUCCAAUUAAUUGUGUAUAUUUAUGUAUAUGUAUUUAUGUAUGUAUUUGUGCUAUAUUCAAAUAGUUCAGCUAAACUAUUUAUUGCCAUUUAAGCACACACACAAUGUAUACCUAAUUUCUUAUUCUCGCUAGCAUUUCUACUAAUAUAUAUAUAUAUAUAUG